AUGGCGAGAAAAGGCGGGCAAUUAGUAGGUAUUCUCGAUGUGCAUAUCCUUCAGGCGGAGAGACUACCGAAUCGGUCCACUCUCGGGGCUCAAGAUGUGUACGCCAAGGUGCUGUGCGGUGAUCGCGACCCGCUCGGACGAGUCGCACUCACCACGCGGGCGAUCAAAGGAGGAGGCACGGACCCAAUCUUCGAUCAACGGCUGCAGGUUGGGAUUCCCGAGCGUGCCACCGAGGGCGUUAAAGACCCAGCCAAGAUGGAUUUAAUUCAGGCGCUAAGGGACGUGGCAGAGGUGGAUAGGCUGGUCGGCAGCAGCAGCAGCAAGAGAUUGAGGUCCCGAUCUGGCCCUCUGAGGAUGGGCGAUGCUGAGUCAGCAAGCCUUGCUGCUGAGUCAGCAGGCCUUGCUGCUGAGUCAGCAGGCCCUGUUGCUGAAUCAGCAGCCACUGCUGGGUCAGCAGGCUCGGACACGUCAUCAGCGGUGGAGGCAGUUGCUGCAGGUGGUGCUGCCGCAUCUGCUAGUGCAGCUUUCGUUGGGGAGAGAGACGAGGAUAUGCCCGAGCUGCUGGCUCAGUGGGAGCAAGAGCAGCAGUAUUCGGAGCAGCAGGAGCAGCAGCAACAGCAGCAGCAGCAGCAGCAGCAGACGGAGCAGCAGGCGGAGCAGCAAGGGCUAGGAUUGGGGUCAGGGAAAGCGCCUGUGCUGCCGCCUGCUCGCAUUCACUGGGGUAUGAGGAGGGGCGGCAGUAUUGGGAGCAGCAGCAGCAGCGGCAGUGGGUCUGGGAGGGCGAGUGGGGGGCUUUUCUAUGCGGGUAGAUGGAGCAGCAAUUGGCGACUGCAGCCAGAGCAGCAGCAGCAGCAGCAGCAGCAGCAGCAGCAGCAGCAGCAGCAGCAGCAGCUACUGCCGCAGCAGCACCAUCCACAGCAGUCAAUGCAUCAACAGCAGCAGCAGCAGCAGCAGCAGCACGAGUGGGUGCAGGAGAGUGGGACUAGCAGUGUGAGUACAUAUGGCGCCACCAGUGUCAGUGCCGCUGGGGCCACCAGUUUAAGUUCUUCUGGAGUGCCACUGCCACUGCCACUGCCACUGCCACUGGCACUGCCAGCGCAGGUUGGUACAACAGAGGAGGUAUCGUCAACCGCAGUGGGGCGCAUGGAAGCUGCAGCGUUGGAAGGGAGAGAGAACGUGGGAAGUGCAAGGACGGAGGGGAGAGAGAGCGUGGGAGGGCAAGGUGUGGGUGGGUUGCUAGCAGGUGACAUGCAGCAGCACCUUUCUGAGAUGACUCUUAGGGCUUCAGAGGAGGAGGGGCUAGGGAUGGAAGGGGAGAUGCCUCGGGCAGCAGCUUUGAUGAGCUCAUGA